ACUUGAUAUGUCAGUGGUCGAGGAACCGCAAUUCUGGCUGGCGAUUGGAAUUUUAAUCAAAAACUACCAUGCGCUGAAUAAAAAGAUAUUCGAAGUGGUCAUCACCCAAGUGCAAAAGCAAGAGGAUGGCCAGCUAUGUGAUUCCACGCAAGAAGAACUGGAGAGGGCACUGCGGGAGCAGCCAGAGAGACGCACGUGCAAAGGUUUCACGAUUGGCUUCAAAUUACUGUCCAAGAAACUAAAGGACAACAUUCUGGCCACAGGAUUUGUGGACUUUCAGGAACGCAGCUACAAAUGCCAGUUUGCCACCGAUUUAUUCGAAGACUUUUCGGUGCGGCUGAAUGGCGGCCAGUUGGAAUUGGACUCACAGCAGACUGGAUGGCAGGAGUUUGUGCUCAAGUCCAAGCUGCUGAGCUGGUCGCAAAGCAAACCAGACGAGACCAAGGUAAAGUCCCUCGGCCUGGUUAAUGUGGAGAAGUACAAUGAUUUGUAUAAAGAGCUCAAGCAGAAGCAUUCCCAGCGGCUGCUGCAGUACUGGCAGACGGCAGAGGAGUCCACAGAUCCGCUCAAGUUCAUAUACGAGGACCUAGCCAUAGCAGCGUACCUGAUGGUCCUCUGGGGUCAGACGCAAACAGAGCCCAAGGCCUUUGCCGAUCUGGGUUGUGGAAAUGGCCUGCUGGUUCACAUCCUCAAUGCAGAAGGGUAUAAGGGCUAUGGAUAUGACAUACGGAAACGCAAGCUGUGGUCCCUAUAUCCGGAGGAAACAAGCAAAAACCUCAUCGAACAGGCAGUGGACCCGAAUAGCUUUCGCUUGGAUUUCCCAGAAAUUGACUGGCUGAUUGGCAACCAUUCCGAUGAGCUCUCCCCCUGGCUGCCUGUGCUAGCGGGGCGGCUGAGCACGAACUUCUUUCUGUUACCCUGCUGCCCGUACGAGUUGAGCGGCGCCAAGUUCCAGCGACGAAACACUAGCAUAAGUGCCUAUCAGGACUUUUUCCAUUAUCUUUUAAAGGUAUCCGAGCAGUGUGGCUUCGAGACGCUGCAGGAUCGCCUGAAAAUACCCAGCACCAAGCGUUUGGCACUGCUGGGCCUCAAGCGGACCACCGGGGAUACACAAAAUCUCGAGUAUUUUGUUCGGGAAGAGCUCCAAAAGUACAAAAUAGGCGAUCCAAAGAACGAGAUAAUCACCAUAAAGCUGCGCGAGAAGGAUGAAAGGGUACGAAAUUGCACUCAAGUGGACAGAUCCAUUCUAGAUGGCCUGGUGCUAAAGAUCUUUCGCUUGCUGCUCGCCAGCCACGAGGACAGUUGGUCCGGGCGUCUGUCCAUGCGAGACAUUGCUCAGUCUCUGAGCAAAGAAGAACUGAGCGGCAUCAAGUCGGAGUGCGGUGGCAUCAAGACUUUGUUGCGGAACAAGCACGAGGUCUUCCAGUUCUGUGGCGGUGAUCUCUUUGGCAUACGCAAGCCGCAGGCGACUGCAGUGCCGCACCCUCGUCUGACCACCAAGAAGCGAGAUUGCUUCUUCAAGCUGCAUCAUCCAUUGGGAUGUCCCCUGGACGAUGCAGAGUGCACUUUCAUACACUAGCGUACGGAAGAGGAUGCUUCAUGCUUGUGUAUAAUUUAUUUGUAUUCUCAGCCGCCUACGAGCGCCGGUUACAAUGUGAAAUAAAUUGAUUGUUUUUGUAUAAA